GAGGAAAUGUUAUUUAUCAAUUUUAUCAAGCUGAAUUUAAAAGGAUAAUGUUAAUAGACUCAAAGAAGCUUGGUCCCAAGUUUAGUGAAAAACCUCAUCCAAAAGCUGUUUAUACAAGUAGACCUUUAAGUUCUUACAUUUCUAAAUGUUCAUCUACCAAUUUUACAUUAAAUAAUUAUAUUUCAAAAGAGCUAGAAUUUGACAUAGAUAUCGAAAGUAACAAAUCAAACGUACUUGGAACUAAGAGAAAUAUUGAAGAAUUAAAUAUUAAUUCUUAUGAAAAUAAUGAAUAUCAAGAUACUUCGUCUACUAAAACCGCUAAAGCUCUCGAUGAUUAUGUCUUAUUGGGGCGUAGUGGAUUGAGAGUUUCUCCAUUAUGUCUUGGUACUGCGACUUUUGGAGAACAAUGGGGAAUCGGCGCUAAUAAAGAAGAAUCGAAAAAAGUUUUUGAUCUUUAUUACGAAAGAGGCGGAAAUUUUUUUGAUACUGCCUGCAAUUAUAAUGAUGGUGAAGGCGAACGUUUCCUUGGAGAUUAUGUUUCCGAUAAACGAUCCGAUGUUGUGAUUGCAACAAAAUAUACGUGUAAUACAACUUCUAUGCAAAAGGAUGUGAGACUCAAUCCGAAUUUAGGAGGAAAUCAUCGAAAAAGUCUUGUGGAGAAUCUUAAUGAGAGUUUGAAACGAUUGAACAUGAGCUAUGUCGAUAUUUUAUAUGUUCAUAUUUAUGAGUUUCGAACUCCAAUCGAAGAAAUUAUGAGAUCAUUAGAUGACGCCGUUCGAAGUGGAAAAGUAUUAUACGUUGCUGCAAGCAAUUUUCCAUCUUGGGCACUCGCUCGCGCUAAUACAUUUGCAGAAUUACGUGGAUGGAGUUCUUUCAUUGGACUUCAAACGCGGUAUAGUUUAUUGGAUCGAUCAUUAGAAUUUGAUUUACAACCUGCUUGUGCUGAACUUGAUGUUGGAAUUAUUCCGUGGGGUGCCGUUGCCGAAGGUUUUCUUACCGGAAAACAUACGAGAGAAUCAGCUGCUAACUUAAAAUCGGAACAUCGCAGUCAUAAAGUAGCAGAUCAUUCAAAAGUCGAAAAAAAUUGGAAGAUUUUAGAUGACGUAAUUACUGUUUCAAAAGAGACUGGCAGAACUCCUGUUCAGGUCGCUAUGAACUGGGUUCAACAAAAACCUGGAAUUACUUCUCCUUUAAUUGGUGCUAGAACAGUUACUCAGCUCGAAGAAAAUCUUAAAUCACUUGAAUUCAAAUUGACGCCUGAACAAGUGAAAAGACUGGAUGAAGCAUCUAAACCAGCUGAAAUUCCAUUCCCUAAUUCGUUUGUUAGCAAUUAUGAUAGAUUCAUCGGAAAAAACAUUGAAGUGCCUCGUAAAUUUGAAGCUAUCUCGACUUCAUGUAACUUUGGAAGAAUAAAUCUUUAAUUUAUUUCACAAGGCUCAAUUUUUGUUUUCUCUCGAUUGUUUAUAAAUAUAUUUUUUCUUCAAUAAAAUAAAAUAUUCAGAACUUUUGACACGAUCCUCUUGAAGAAUUUACUUCUUUUGAAAUGACGUUCCC